AGUGUUAUGAUGCAGUUCCACAACACACAGCCACAUUUACCCACAGACGGAGGUACAGAGCAAGAGGCAACCUCUGCCCCCCAGCAGCUGUCCAGCCUACAGCCCCAGACCUCGACCCCUCAGCUACCCUCCCCCAAUCCCAUCCCCUUCCCAAUUGAAGGAACCAACAGAGAAGAGAGAAGAGUGAACAGAGAGAUUGAGAGAGAUAGACGGAGAUCUCUGGAGCAGACCUCAAGGUGACUUCCCAUUUCUAUCUGGUUCGCGUCUGGGGGGGGCCCUGGCAGGGCAGCCCCCCCACACUUCUACUGUCCUGAAACACGGCUCUAGCCAAUCUGCUCCGCUGCUUUACCUGCGACCGUCUCUGUGGGGGCUGCACCGCACCAGCCCCUCCAGCCCGCCAGGGCAUCGUCCUCCAGCCCGUCAUGCCCAGCUGUGACCCUGGCCCGGCCCCUGCAUGUUUACCCACCAAGACUUUCCGCAGCUACCUGCCCCGCUGCCACCGCACUUACAGUUGCGUCCACUGUCGAGCACACUUGGCCAAACACGAUGAGCUUAUUUCCAAGUCCUUCCAAGGAAGCCAUGGCCGGGCCUACCUGUUUAACUCCGUGGUCAACGUGGGUUGUGGGCCAGCUGAACAGCGCCUCCUGCUCACAGGACUCCACUCGGUAGCUGACAUUUUCUGCGAAAGCUGCAAGACCACACUGGGCUGGAAAUAUGAACAAGCUUUUGAGACCAGCCAGAAAUACAAAGAAGGGAAGUACAUCAUUGAGAUGUCACACAUGGUGAAAGACAACGGCUGGGACUGAGGGGCUCAGCAGCCUGUGACCCUCCUCCGCAUGCCCCACCCUCCUCACACCAGUCUCCUGGCCCUGCUGAGCAGUCCACACCAGCAUGAGUACUGCCCGCCCCUGGGGAAACCUGGUUCCAAGUGACCUCCUCCUCCCUCCCCUGUCACAGCAGUACCAGGUUCUUUGGAACAGGAGCCUGGGAUACCCCAGGGGUGGCUAAGGCUCAGGAGUGGGUAGCAGUCAGGGAAAUACAGAACAGGGGAAGGAGAGAACUGUGGCACCAGAAACCAAGUGAUGGCAGGGCACGCCAACUCAGGCAGACAGGACUGUGAAUUACCAAAUGUUGAUUGAUCAGCGUUUUCUUGAGUAAACAGGACAAACAUUGGUGGUGGGACUAGACCACAGAAGAGUAAAGAUGGAGUGAAAUUCCGGUCUCAGAUAUCAGGGCCCCAGAGUCUGAGGGUAGUUUAUCCACCCCCAUUCUUGGUUUAAAAAAAAAAAAAAAAAAAAAGAAAAAAAGGACCAGGGAUGGGG